AUGUCAUCCUCUCGAACUCUGUCCCCGUCCUUUACCAGAUUCCGCCAGGUGCUCGCGCCUGGAGCAGUGGUGAGACGGCAAUUCUCAUCUUUUUCGCCGCUAAGAGGAGGUGGUGGAUUCGACGACGACGAUGAUUUUGGUUCGGCGAGCUCUGAUAUUAGCUCGAUGGUUCGCCGGAGGGUGAAUCCCGUCAAGCAGGCAGCAUCAAAAGCCCAACGAAAGAAAGAGGAAGAACAAGAGAAAGCUCGACUCAGGAUGCAAAAAGAAGCAGAGGAACAGGCAAGAAUGGCCAGUUUGGACCAACGAAGACUAUUAAUAGCCACCAUCUUGGACGACAUGGAACAGGAGCUUGCACCCAUGCUAGAAGAAAAACGGCAAUAUGAUGAAAGACAAAGACUGGCUCGCGAGGAGCGAGAAAGAGCUCACAAAGAGUGGAUGAAACGCUACGAAGAGGUGGUGACCCGCGCCGCUUCUUUCAAUAAUAUCGACGAACGGUUCUUUGAGGAAUACUAUCUCCUCAAGUACCCGGAAGCUAAUAUAAUUGAUUCCUACCUUGACGAAAUUUCUGCGCUAGUCGAAUGCUACAAGGCUGAGCUAGAAAGUCACCGUCAAGCUUUCAGGAGAAUCAACUUGGCAUACCGAAGAAUCGAGCUCGACAUGAGAUUGGCCAGUUUCGCUGCAUCCCUCAGCUCAACAGCCCGGGGUCUCUCUGACAGCGUUGUAACACCACAGGCUAUGGCGAAGAGGAAAAUCGACGGUUUAUUGAAUCCUGUGUUCAGAUUUCAGAGGCAUUACACACUCUUACAAAACGCGGGCACCAUGUUGCACGUUGGAUGCACAUCCAUUGCCGACGAUUUGAUGUCGUUAUCUAUAGAAUCACAACGCGCGGGAAAAAAACGAUUUUACAAGAGGUUAUUCGCAAAGACAAGGGAUAUCAAAAAUGACGUCGUUUGGGCAUUACACGAAUAUCGACGUUUCAGGCGGUUAAGGCAAUGGUUCACACCUUUGGGCCCGAGCCUCAUAUUUAAUACACUUACCAAUAUUUUAAAUCGCUCUGCUAGGCAAAUUAUAGAAGCUAGCAUCGGAACGCAAAUGGAAUCUUUAGUUGCUGACAAAAACUACCUUACUAUCACAUGGUAUAUGUACCAUUGGUACCUUCCACGAUGGGAUGAACACCCUCCGCGAAGUAUCAACCACAACAUCGACUGGAAACAUCUCGAUGUCGUACACCCAUUCGACUUACUGUACAUGACAAGUCGUGUUAUUAUCUACAGUGCCACAGAAUUGCGUGAAAUUCUUCGUCUAAGAGGACACCCGAAAGCAGUUGAUUUUGAGAGCUGGUACAAACGCGCCACAAUCAUAACCCUCAACCUGCACGUCGAAGUUAAUACUCUGAAGUAUUAUGCUUAUCUCAGAUUACGCACAGAAUCUAGAAUCAGCAGCUUUGGUGAUGUUCCUGAUACCAUAUCAAGAGGCUUGUUCACACCGUUAAAGCCCCUCAGUUCUGAUCCACGCCGGUUUUUCCUCUAUGUCGAUACUAUACGCUGCUGUAUGUUGUCGAAUGAUAGACUUAAGAGAUCGAUUUCACGAUUGAAGGCUAUCAAGGUACCCGCGAAUGCCAAAUCUCUACCAUCGCCAACUAUCAGAGGAACACAGACCGUAAGCACUGAAAAGAAGGGCGCAGAAGAGACCACGCAAGAAAGUAGUCAAGGCAUGAGCACCGAGAAGAAAGCAUCUAGUUCUACAUCAAGACCAUCUGUCGCUCUUAAGAGAAGAACGGCAGAACCAAAGUCGUUGAGAACCAGAGUCCGUUUUUUGAAAUCCACCGCAGCCUUGCGGCGAGGGUACAGCACCAACUCUAGGGCUCUGCUGAAGCAUGAACAAUGCGAAACAGCUGAGGCGGAUGUUGCGUCAACUGAUAGCAACACAUAUCUGACGGAAAAUGAAGACACGAUUAUCACCACAGUCUCCGGUACGCAAGUCUCGGAAGUAAUAUCCUCUCAUCUAUCCACCAAUGAAUCUGAUACAUCCGAAUCUCCAAAUGCUGCGUUCAGCCGCACGGGUCCUCAGUUUUGGAGCUACAACCAGCACAAAGGGCCAGACGGGGGGAAUAUUAUUGUCCAUUACUGCAAAACACUCGAUAGCGCUGAGCGAGUCGCCCGCCUAUUUUUAGGGAGCGAGGUUAUAGGAUUCGACAUUGAGUGGAAGGCUCAGGCUCUAUCCACGUCCGGGAUUAAGAGCAACGUAUCCCUCAUCCAGAUCGCCAACGCAGAGCGCAUAGCAUUGUUCCACCUCGCGGUCUUUCGACCUGGGAACGAAGUACACGAACUAAUGCCGCCGUCGCUAAAAGAACUCCUUGAGUCUGCUAGUACCAUAAAAGUAGGCGUAUCCAUCAAGGCAGAUUGCUCGCGGGUCCGUCGACAUCUAGGCAUUGAGGUACGGGGUCAACUGGAGCUUAGCCAUCUAUACAAACUAGUCAGGUUUUCGCAAACACAACCGAAGAUGGUCGAUCGACGCACGGUCAAUUUGAGUCAGCAGGUUGAAGAAUUACUAGGCUUGCCAUUGAGGAAAGAUAACGAUGUGCGACGCAGCGAUUGGACUAGGCCGUUGGAUUAUACCCAGGUUCAAUACGCGGCCUCCGAUGCCUAUGCAUGCAUAUGUCUUCAUCGAAUAUUAGACGCGAAACGGAGAGCAUUAAGCCCUGUUCCUCCAAUGCCCGCCUAUGCCGAGCUCAAUCUACCUAUACUUCUAGUCGAUGACAACGACAUCGAUCCUAGCAAGAACAAUCCAACAAGCCCACCAUUGGAAAAGUCUCCGAAGUCUCCGAAACCGAAGGAAGAAGAAGAUAAAGAGACUAACAACACAAACUUAAUCUAA